UGAGAGUCUCAUCACAAUCGUGCUGUAGUUUACCGUCAACUUUUGGGCAGUCUGGGUGUCUUGGCUUAAAAAGCUAGCCUACGUGAAAGGUUCUAACUGGUACCUCGAAUUAGAGGGCCGAAAGUUGAUAUAAAGGACGCAGUGAUCUUUCAGAACAAAAUGUUCAAAUAUACCAUUGUAAUAGCAACAUGUGCUAUCGUUGCUACGUAUGCCCAAUUCACUUGUCCAAAAAACAGAGGACAGUUCGAAGAUCCAAUCCAAUGCGAUAAAUACUAUGAAUGCGAUGAGGGCGUAGCUACAGUGAAAUACUGUCCUGAUGGACUGGUUUUCGACCCAACAAUCAAACUUAUCAACAAAUGUGAUCAACCCUUCAACGUGGAUUGCGGUGACCGCCUUGAGUUACAGGAACCAAAAGGUACCACCGAAUACUGUCCUCGAAAGAAUGGAUUCUUCACUCAUCCGGAUCCAGCAAUCUGCAAUAUUUUCUACAGUUGCAUCAAUGGUGAAGAAUUAGAAAUGACAUGUUCGGGUGGGUUGCACUUCGAUGAAAAGUCUGGAACCUGCGUUUGGGCUGAUGUUGCAGCACGUACCGGUUGUGGUAGCAACAGUAACAAAAAAUUAAAUGAUGGUUUCCAAUGUCCAAAAGAAACUAGGACAGACAAAAAUGGCCAGAUUAUCACACAUCCCAAUUAUCCACACCCAACCGAUUGUUCGCGUUUUUACUACUGUCUGAAUGGCAUUGAGCCUCGCCAAGGACAGUGCGAUGCUGGCCUAGUGUAUAAUGAAGACGUACAGCGUUGCGAUACUCCAGAUAACGUGCCGGAAUGCAAAGACUGGUAUAAAGAUGACGAGGAAAAGAAGACUCACUAAGAACCUAUAAAGACUACAACAUAAAGUGUGCAAUUGAGUUCGAAUGUGAGGAAUGGCUGUAGGAUUACUGGAUCAUGAGAACAGAGUGUUCUCGAUGUUGGAACUCAAACUUAUUUCGGAGAUCAAUAGCUAUAUUUCAAUUUGUGAUUUCAAAAGUAGAUUUAUGAACAAAUUUAGGUUGUAUGAACAGCUCUAAGCAAAUAACACGUUCGCGUAGAAAUCAUUAACAAA